GGAAGGACGAGGCGAGACGGCUGAGUCACUGCUGGUGAGGAGGAAGGUCUGGAGAGGGAACGAGAGAGGAGGAGGAGGAGGUGGAGGAGGAGGGGGAGAAGAAGAAGAAGGGAGGGAGACAGGGAGAUAAGCCACAACAGGAAGCAAAACGACACACACACGUACACAGACACAGUGCGUGUUUGUGUGUGUGUCUGAGAGAGAGACUGCGCGAACGAGAGGGUGAACGGGAAAGGAAGGGAGGGAGAGUGACGCGGAGGCUGGGAGAGCCUACCCCCCCCUCCUCUCCUCCUCUCCCUCUCUUUCUCUCCUCUCCUCUCCUCCCCUCCUCCCUCUCUCUCUCUCUGUGGAGCAGGCGUGUAGCGGCAUCAGACUCGGCGUGAAGGAACCAUGAGCGAUGUCACCAUCGUUAGAGAGGGAUGGCUCCAGAAACGGGGUGAAUACAUAAAGAACUGGCGACCGCGUUACUUCCUGUUGAAGACAGACGGCUCUUUCAUCGGCUACAAAGAGAAACCUCAGGAUGCAGACCUGCCCUACCCCCUAAAUAACUUUUCUGUAGCAAAAUGUCAGCUGAUGAAGACGGAGAGGCCGAAGCCAAACACCUUCAUCAUACGCUGCCUUCAAUGGACCACAGUCAUCGAGAGAACCUUCCACGUGGACUCGCCUGAUGAGAGAGAUGAGUGGACAGAGGCCAUCCAGAUGGUGGCUGACAAGCUGCAAAGACAAGAGGAGGAGAGGAUCCAGUGCAGCCCUACUUCCAAUAUUGACAACAUGGUUGAAGAGGAGAUGGACAUCUCCACCACACACCACAAACGCAAGACAAUGAGUGACUUCGACUACCUGAAGCUGCUGGGAAAGGGAACCUUUGGCAAAGUGAUUCUUGUCCGAGAAAAGGCCAGCGGGAAAUAUUAUGCCAUGAAAAUCCUUAAAAAAGAAGUCAUCAUUGCCAAGGAUGAAGUGGCACACACACUCACAGAGAGCAGAGUACUGAAAAACACCAGACACCCCUUUCUCACUUCAUUGAAGUAUUCAUUCCAGACUAAAGACCGCCUCUGUUUCGUCAUGGAAUAUGUGAAUGGAGGAGAGCUGUUUUUCCAUUUGUCCAGAGAGCGGGUGUUCUCAGAAGAACGCACGCGCUUCUAUGGCGCCGAGAUCGUCUCCGCUCUCGACUACCUGCAUUCAGCCAAGAUUGUGUACCGGGACCUCAAGUUGGAAAACCUGAUGCUGGAUAAAGAUGGCCAUAUUAAGAUCACAGAUUUUGGUCUCUGCAAGGAGGGCAUCACAGAUGCUGCUACCAUGAAGACCUUCUGUGGCACUCCAGAGUACCUUGCACCAGAGGUCUUGGAGGACAACGACUACGGUCGGGCGGUGGACUGGUGGGGUUUGGGUGUUGUGACGUACGAGAUGAUGUGUGGCCGACUGCCGUUCUACAACCAGGACCACGAGAAGCUGUUUGAGCUCAUCCUCAUGGAGGACAUCAAGUUCCCGCGCACUCUGUCAGCCGACGCCAAGUCCCUGCUGUCCGGCCUGCUCAUCAAAGAUCCCAACAAACGGCUUGGUGGAGGACCAGAUGACGCUAAAGAAAUAAUGAGACACAGUUUCUUCUCUGGCGUUGACUGGCAGGACGUCUAUGAUAAAAAGCUGGUCCCUCCCUUCAAGCCUCAGGUGACGUCAGAGACGGACACCAGAUACUUUGACGAGGAGUUCACAGCCCAGACCAUUACAAUCACUCCACCAGAAAAAUUUGACGAGGACGGGAUGGACUGUCUAGACAACGAGAGAAGACCGCACUUCCCACAGUUCUCCUACUCAGCCAGUGGGCGGGAAUGAGUGGUCCAUCGUCAUGGUGACAUCAUCACAGCUGGUCUCUGAGGUCAUCAUUGUGGGACAAAAAGACCCACAGCUUUGGACCGACCCAGAACAACAGUGACUUGAAGGAUUUUGCCCUUCUCCUCCUCUCCUCUUCCUCCUCCUCCUCCUCCUCCUCCUCCUCCUCUCUUUUUCACCUCUCCACUCCACUUCUCCACUUCAUAUUUAUUUAUUUUUGUGAAUCCCUUUUUACAAAGAACUCCCAGGCAAAAUUACCCUCGAAUCCUGCACUGAAUCCCUAGGUGAUCCGAGCUGUGAUGUGAUCAGUUACUAUGUAAUGUCCCUUUAAUGAAAGGAGCAUCACCGGUGGCCUGCUGUGCUUUGACACGUGUCGGUCCUGCCAAACUCUAAAAACAAACACUUCUGAUCAAGUUAGAUAACAGCUGAUGCAUUUUUACGGAGACAUUUCUGUGGCUUCUUAUCCGUACGAGGGAGAUACAGCAUUUUAAGUCAUUCAAACCCAAACUGCCGUUACCGGUUGUAUCUCAGGCUUUUGCAAACAGAUACUCAGACUCAGCGAGACACUUGGCUCUGAUUUCAAACCCUCACAUAAUUCUGGGAUUGAUUGAGGCUGCCUGACAUUGAGGAAACAGUUGUCAUCAGUGAGCAGAAUCCUACACACCUCAUGUUGUCGAACAGGAUUUGACUCAGGUUUUGCUCAGUGCAAUUCAUUAUUAUUGUUGCUGCUAUUUCAACUACUACCACAACUACUACAGGUACUACUACUCCUACAACUACUAAACUACUAAAACCCGGUGCUACAGUACUAGCUUAAUGCUGCAGGUCAUUAUACAGGCGCCAGCAAAGCAUCAACCACCUGUAUUAACGUCUAUGCUUGUACAGCCGCAGAAAAGGUGUUGCUACUACUUCUAAUGUACAACUACUACACGUCAGCUCUGUGGAUUAAGAUGAUGAUAGGAUGUCCAGUUUGUGUGUGUGUGUGUGUUUGUGUGUGUGUGUGUGUGUGUGUGUGUGUGUGUGUGUGUGUGUGUGUGUGUGUGUGUGUGCGUGCGUGCGUGCGUGUGCGUGUGUGUGAGGUACUACUAUGGGUUUGUGUUUAAGAUCGCACCUCAAAGCACAGCAGCUCAGGAGGAUGAAGCUCCCAAACCAUGAGCUUUACUACAUUACCCACAAUGCAGUGCAAGGUGGUUGAUUUAUUCAACACCGCAGAGGUGAAAAAUGAGAGGAAAACAGUUGGUUUGAAUGU